AUUACAUUUUCUUUGAAAAUGCCUCCAUUUUCCACUUGUUCUAUAUGCAAUAUCAGGACCCGUAAGGUGGCCAGGGACCCCAUAACCUUAAAGCAAAUCUACGUGUGUCCGAAAUGCUUUAAGAACAACAAACAUAAAAAGGUGCAGCCAGUUAAGGAAGAUAAUUUGGACAAGGCUGGAAAUGAAAAACUCUGCCAGAAUGAGCAUAAAAAGUCCCCAGAAAAAGCUAUGGCUUUAACGAAAAAUGACGAAUGUUCUAGUACCAAGAGUAAGGAAAUUAAGAAAACCGAACAAAAUGAAAAUGGAAAAUUAAAGGAGCCUGCCAAAACAUUACCAAUGGCUGUUAAAGAAGAGAAGGUGAAAAAAGUCACACCUCCUCUCAUGCAAAUUGUGAUUAUUAACAAUCGAAAAUAUGUGGCCAUUAGUGAGACAGCCGAUGACGCAUGAUUUGGUCAUAAAUACUAGCUGCUAGUUAAAUGGAAAUCAAAGAAACAUUAAAGCCUUACCUUUUUUUCCCAUAAAACAGAAUUUAAAAAUAUUUUUUUUUAAUUUAAAUCUAAUUUAAAACACCCUCCCUUUUCAGGUUACUAACUUUGUUGGGUUGCAUGGCGAUAUUUAGUUCUAAAUUUGUUUGGCUGUUGCCACUUUUAUUGCAACGGAUGUGCGUGAUGUGGCGGUAUUUGUUUACGUCCCAUUUCCGCAUCCGUUUUUUUUUCACUAGAAACGCUGCAGUUGCAACUUUGCCACGCCCACUGCGUAACUCGAUGCGAUUCGAAAAGCCACAAACCCAUUUUAGCCCACCAUUCCAUCCAACCAUUUCGCAUGUGCGUGAUUUUCGAAAAUUUUCAGGGAGCCCCAUUAAACUUUUAAUGGAAUUUCCAUAAUCAUGUUUAAAGUUGCGAAGGACUACGGGGAAGUUUUUUUGUUUUACAAGUAUUGAUUGAAAAUCAAAGGGUAACAAUAAACAUGAUGAUGGGUAAAGUCUUUAAAAACUGGAUACUUUGUCAUAAAGAAUGAUUGACACGCUCUUAGAACUUAGUUAGAUAUAAGUUAGCUAUUGCUAUACCUGUAACUAUUUAAAUAACUUGUAAAUUAGAAACCUUGAU